AUGUCAAACGGGGAUGACUGGAGAAGACUGCGCACUGCGAGAGUUCAACAUUUCGAAUUAUCAAUUUCAAGACCCUUCACUCCGCAGCGCAGGGAGAUUCUGUUCAGUGGGUUGGGCGCCUCUACCGACCACAGGAGUCUCAGAUUUUCCGGAGAGCAUGGAUUCGAGGACACAAACGCUGCAGUGGUCAAGAAGGUUCAACGCCUCAACACGUGCCUAUUGGAGGCUGGUACACACUGCAGCCCACAGUACGCCAUAAAUAAGCCAGUCUUGGGUAGCCGCCUGCAGGAAGCACUGCUCCGCUCAGAACUCGACGUCUACGGGGACAAUCGUGUUGGCCAGUCUCAUCAGUCCGGUAUGGUGUCCAGCGGAACCCGAAGUCGGAAGUUAAGAGCGAAACAGGUGUCUUCGAACGGGGUUAUGCCAAGGGUUGCUAAGAACCCGAAGUACAUUGACGCUUACGAGGACGAGGAUGAUAUUGUGGAAGCUUGA